CGGGGAGCGGAGCGGCAGUGCUGGAGCUGCUGAAGGACAUGGCCACACUCACACGGCAAGACCUCAAUUUUGGACAGGUUGUUGCAGAUGUGCUGUGUGAAUUUCUGGAAGUUGCUGUUCACAUGAUCCUCUACGUCAGGGAGGUUUAUCCAAUCGGAAUCUUCCAGAAGAGGAAGAAGUACAAUGUACCUGUGCAUAUGUCAUGUCACCCAGAGCUGAACCAGUACAUCCAGGACACGCUUCACUGCAUCAAACCUCUGAUUGAGAAGAACGAGGUGGACCGUGUGGUUGUGAUGAUCCUGGAUAAAGAGCAUCAUCCAGUGGAACGCUUUGUGUUCGAGAUCUCUCAGCCUCCGCUGCUUUCUGUCAGCUCUGACUCUCUGCUCUCCCACGUCGAGCAAUUACUACGAGCAUCGAUCCUGAAAAUCAGUGUCUGUGACGCAAUCCUCGAGAGUAACCCACCAGGUUGCACCUUCACGGUAUUGGUUCACACGAGAGAUGCUGCCACGCGGAACAUGGAGAAAAUUCAGGUGAUAAAGGAUUUCCCCUGGAUUCACGCUGAUGAGCAGGAAGUCAACAUGCGAGAACCACGUCUCAUCCCAUUGAAGACGAUGACCUCAGAUAUUUUGAAGAUGCAAUUGUACGUAGAGGAGAGGGCUCAGAAAGCACCCUGAGUUUGGUCAGAAACAAACAGGACCCUGUGUGGAGAGAAGCGUCACAGACACUGCUUUUCCUGAAAUGAGAACCUUUAGAGCCAAUUAUCAUAUAUGAGGAGCUUCAUCUUGUGGGCAGAUCAGUGAUCGCAGCAAAGUAGCCCAGUCUAUUGACUGCCUUCAACAACAAGUUUGCAUUUUUGAAGACAGUGUCCAGAAUGGAACAUUUAGGAGUUGUGUUUAAACCUGUUUGGCACAAAAUCAUUGUGUUUUAGCUGAAACGAUGUAUCCUGUGUUUUACAUUGAUUGAGGAGGUGGUAAUGUGUAUAAAUGUGGGUUAAAGUAUGUAAUAAAGUUAGUUAUCUCCUCCAUUGUUAAGUUUUGCUCCUCAUGAUGUGCUCAAUAGAUGGGCAAUGGGUAAAAGCUGUGACUUUUUUAGUGUUCAUUGGUGUUAUUUAACUGAUCUUUUAAUGUAUUGUACUAAAUGGCCAGAAGUUGGCAGCACGCACUAACCUCUGCUUCAGAUCAACUUUCACCAUUUCAUUAAAAGUUUACACAAAGUGAGGUGGCUGGGUUUGAGACUGAAUAAAAAUUACAUCAGUACGAAAAA